GAACAUUUUCGCUCCAAAUUCGAAGCAUGGGCGACUGCGAUCCAAGCUGCUGAACCACAACAUCACCUGUAGUCAACUCUUCAAUGAGAACUGAUUGUUCUGCGUCUUUCGUUUGAACCCCUCGGCCUCAACCCCAGUAGACCGAGCAAAAUGAAUUUCACUCCCAUAAACCCGCGCCCUCUUCUCCAGAGCUUGAUCAAUGACGAAGUUAUCAUCCGGUUAAAAUGGGGUCAAACCGAAUACAAAGGCCGACUCAUUAGUGUCGACUCAUACAUGAACAUCCAGCUCUCGAAUACGGAAGAGUAUAUCGACAGGAAACACACCGGUACUUUGGGUCAGGUGCUCAUCAGAUGUAACAACGUUCUGUGGAUAUCUGCAGCUAAGGGAGUCGAAAUGAACGGCGAAGGACCCGAUACCAAAAUGGAGGACUAGGUUGGCGACAUGCCGUAGAAGCAGAACACGAUGUGGAUUCAGGAUCCCGCAAAGGUCGGACAUGGAGCUGCUACAGUGUUUCUGCACCGAAAGCACAUGCUCAGGCAGACACAUCUCGCUGGUGGCAUACUUCGCACAGCGAAAUACAUUCCUGUCAAGCCAGGAUGGACACAAUCGAGAUGCCGGCAAAAGGGGAAGUUGAUGCGAUCCUCCAACCAGCUGAUGACGUUGCAGCCCAUUGAGCAAAGCCAACAACAACAAAGUGGCAUAGUUUGGUCCUGAGAGAUCGCAUUCGAGGUGACGAGCACUGUGACUGUUCUCGAUUGGCGCCGAAAGGGUGGUUGCAGCUGGUGGAUUGUGUACGCAAUACAGCCAUCCUCCAGGACAACCGGUCACGUUCCGCAAGUCACGAGUCUGCACCGGGGUCUGAUCAUACAUACAAUCGGGCAAUUCUGGACGAUGAAGCUUGGUCUCCUUCCUUCACGCCACAAAUAGGCACCCGAGGCAUCACUGGAGGACAGGAUGCGGACCACGGAUUAUCAGAGUUCUUGCCAUGUGCAUUAGCUGUUCAAUGCACGAGGACAUGAUCAAUGUCGGCCUCAGGAGAUCACGGUUCUGGUCGCCGCCCCGUGAGUUAAGAAAACAGAGUUCAUUGAAGUUUGAUGCGAGCAAACAGGAGAAUUCCCCAGUGCCUAGGUAGCUUUUCGCCCCUCAAACUGCUGCGCUUCCGCGCCGCUUGAAAACAAUAGUCACGAGGCGUAGCACUGGAAUGUCACCAUUCUAGGUUUAGAGAGAAGUGGUUCUGUCAGCCGGAUAGGCAGUAGUAAGAAGUCUUGCAAACGCGGAGG